GCGAGCGGUGGCAGGGCGGCGGCGGCGGCAGCAGCAGCAGCGGCGGCAUCUGCAGCGUGGCGGUGCUCAGCUCCCCCCGCACCGGGGUGUGGCCGUGCCCCGGACCCGGCCCGCGGGUGAAUCCAGAGCCUUUGCAGCCCUUUGGAAGGGGAGAGCGGGCUCGCUGCCCCGUGCUGUGUGCGCUGUCACCAAAAGGUGUGGAAAGGCGCUCCACAAGGAGAGCAGUCAGCAUGUCUUAACCUCUGAGUCCUGAAUACCAAAUGCCUGUUGAAUGAAGCUUUUUGAUGCAGGGAACCCAACUGGUUUUAGAAGUAGUGAAAUCUGGUUAUGACUCUACAUGGUAUUGCAUUAUUUGCCUCAUCACGGCACCUUCUGCGUCUUUGCAGGCUGGCUGCUUGAACGUGGCACACUUCUGGGUCUUCUCAUCCUGUGCCUUGCUCAAAAUAAAAGGAAGGAGAAAGAUACCACUUGAAGUGUUCUCUGAUAAAGUUUGAGAAGUGCUAGCAGUCCUGAUACAAGGAAGUGGCUUCAGUCUGAAAACAAACUGGUUGCUUGUUUGUGGUCAUAGAGGGGUAGAAACUAAUGUAAAUGCAGACGACCAUGCAGAAUGCAGUUCAGGUGUGGUUUGGAGAUGACCUUCCCUUAAGUCCCCGAAGUCCUCUGACUCCCAGACAUGGGCCAGGUUUGGCAGAUGUGUGCCUGUAUGACCAAUGGAUAUCUGUGCGGCAUGAAGCAACUUUGGUGCCUAUGCAGGAAGAUCUGUCAAUCUGGCUCUCUGGCUUGCUGGGAAUAGAAGUCAAAGCAGAACAACUGCUAGAAGAACUUGAUAAUGGGGUACUACUCUGCCAAUUGGUUGGUGUUCUUCAAAACACAAUUAAAAAAUGUUGUAGCUCAAAUAAUUUAAGGAAUUUUCCUAUGAGAAAAGUUCCGUGUAAGAAGGAUGCUCCAUCAGGAUCUUUUUUUGCCAGAGAUAAUACAGCCAACUUUCUUAACUGGUGCAGGGCCGUUGGAGUUGAUGAGACUUAUCUCUUUGAAUCUGAAGGUUUAGUUUUGCACAAGGAUCCAAGACAAGUGUAUCUUUGUUUGUUGGAAAUUGGACGCAUUGUAUCCAGGUAUGGAGUUGAACCUCCUGUACUAGUAAAACUAGAGAAGGAAAUAGAGCUAGAAGAAACACUGCUGAUGACCUCUGGACCACCAUCACCUAUUAGCACAGCAAAGUCAUGUUGUCACAAUGGGGAGCUACAUGAAGCAGUUAAACAUAUAGCCGAAGAUCCUCCCUGCAGUUGUUCCCAUCGAUUUUCAAUCGAAUACUUAUCGGAGGGACGUUAUAGGCUGGGAGAUAAAAUACUCUUCAUACGGAUGCUACAUGGCAAGCAUGUGAUGGUACGUGUAGGUGGAGGCUGGGACACUCUUCAAGGUUUUCUGCUUAAAUAUGAUCCGUGCCGAGUGCUUCAGUUUGCAACUCUGGAACAAAAAAUCCUGGCGUUUCAGAAAGGGGUCACCAGUGACAGUGUCCCCAGCUCGUCAGUUAGAAUUCAGGAGCCUCCUGUCAUGAACCCUAUGUCAGCUGUCAGUAUGUUUCAAAAGCAGCCAUCAAAACCCCCUACUCCUGUCUCAGCUCUCGGGGCCAGUGCCAAGAAGGUUUCAUCUAAACGUCCUCAGUCCCCUGCCCUGCCAUCACCAAAAGUGCCGGUGCCCCCAUCCUCCACAGGGAAGUCACUGACAGUCAGGUCCAAAUUACAAGGGUCUUCAGUGUCAGGCGCGCAGUCUCCUUUCAAACCAUUAGCUGGCACCUCAAAGAAACUGGAGUCUCCUGCAUACAACUCACCAGUUUCUGCUCCUUCGCAAUCUGUAAGCCAAAGCUCUUCAUCUGCAGGAACGAGAACGGCACUUGUUCACUCCGAAACAUUGCGCAAACGUAUUCGGUCUCCUGAGGCUCCCAAGGUGAAAUUUGCCCUGGCUCAGCGCUCCCCGGCACCAGUGCUGCAUACUGCCCUCUCAUCCUCUAAAAACCAGCCAUCUCACUUGCCUGGGACUGCUGAAACGAUGGCUUCAAAACAGAAGCGUGUUGCUGCUAAAUGCAAACCUGUAUCUGUCACUAAAACCAAAGCGAAUUCAGUUGCUCCGAGGGCUGCCCGGCCGCCUGUUACAAAUCUGCAUGCUGUUGCCAAGCUUGCACGUUCUCAGCAGCUCCUUGCAAAACCUUCUUCUGAAAAUACUAUUCAGACCUCAGGAACUGGGUCUCAGUGUCCUCAGAAAGCUCCACAAACAGCUUCUGACCUGGCAAAGAACCUGAAAACUGCUGCAGUCCUACAACACUCAGCGUCUGCACCUUCCCUUGCAGUUAGCAAAGCUUCAAAGUCACCACCUACGCUGGUAUCUACAACCAAAAAAGUAUCAUCGGCUGUCAAUAAGCAGCAGAAUGUCAGUAAACCCCUUCAAGUUGGACCCACUUCAUCUGAACCUCCUGAACGCACUCCGUUAUCUGUUGUACGGCUUCCUCAAACUUCAGCCAAAGCAGCAAUGACCAAAAAGCCAGCACAGCCUUCUAUGAAAGGUCAGCCUUCAACGAAGAAUUUGCAAGCAAAUGAAGGCUUGGCCUCAGCAGCCAAGAAGCCUCUCCCUAAGGCGCAAUCAUCAGCAGCAUGUAACAAAGGAAUGCCUGGUGUAUCAAAAGGUCCUCUUAUGAAGAGCAGGCAAGAUGAUCACUACUUUGUUAUGACAGGGAGCAAAAAACUCAGAAAGUAAACUUCAUUGUUACUUUCUGUGGAAGUCUUCAUUUCAUUGAAAUGGGCCUCUAGUAGCUGCUACACUGAGGACAAGGGAGAAAAUUAAAUAACACUACGUUUACCGUGAAAUGUUAGGUGUAACCUACAUUUUUUCUGUACAACUUAGAGUAAGAACUGUAUUUAUUUUGCAGUUUAGAAGCUUCUAUUUGGAUAAAUUUAGAAGUGAGCUUGCUUGCUGUGUAGCACCGUGGAAUAGAGAAUACCCCUGUUUGCUGCUAGCCUGACCUGCUGCAGGGAAGGCGGGAGAGAGGAAAGGGGAGCUAGGGCUGCUGCUUUUGCUGCCGCUUGUUUUCAAAGCAGCGAAGCCUGCCCAAGAAAUAGUCUGCCCAGGGCAGAGCCUCAGUGAUCCUGGUGGUUCUGGAACAUCUGCAUGGAGGCCUUUGGCAAGCGAAUAGAGCUGCGCACAAGCUGUUUAAGUUCUAAUACCUCCAACAAAGCUAUGGGGUUUUUUGUGCUCCAGGACCCAAAUUUGGGUCACCUGCAUCUAUUAGAAAGAGAAAGAAACCUCUAAUCAUAUUUAGAUUUGACAGCUGCUGUUAUCAGUGUUCACUGUGCCCCCCAUGUGCCUUAAAGUGGCUUCAGCAUGCUUGGAAGUGGAGCCGCCUUGGUUUCUGUUAAGUUGGACAUGGGAAAUCAUGGCCUGGAUCACUCUCUCUCAUUGUGCCUUAGCCUCUCAAAUUCCUGACAGAUCUCUUCAGUGAGCAAUGCUACUUUUUAAAACCCUGGGCAGAUAACCUUGCUUAGUUCAUGUUCAAAUCUGUCUAUAAGUGAGCCCAGUCCUUCCUAGUAAGCUUUUGCUGCAUGGAGAGAAGUGCCUGAGUUGCUGGGAGGGCACUUUCCCCUGGGAUGGAGCCCCAAAGCAGCUCCUGCUCCUGCAAUGGAAUGCUGCAAGUACUGACCUGCACCGGCAGAGCCUUACUGCUUUGCAGCAGUGGCCUCUACAUGUAAAACUGAAUUGCUAAAUACUUCUCAGUUGUAUGGGUCUUAGUCUGCAGUGGCCUUUUUUGUUUUAUUUUUGGAGAUGUCCUUACUGGCUCUCCUGUAUUACUUUCUGGUGGUGAGGAGUGGUUUCCCAAAGAGGUAAUAAGGGACUACAUUUGCCUUUAAACAUCUGAAAGUGCCAGAAGGCUAUGCACUGUUUAUGUUCUCAACUCCUGAAGGCUUUCAGUGGGUUAAACAUCAGUGGUGCUCAACACUCUUACCCUUAACAGAAGGGAGUUUCAUAGUAGAUGAAUAAAACCUACUGUUUUUGGGGCUAGCCCUGUUUGAAAUAUCUUGGGUCUAAUGAACUGUCAUUCCUACAACCACCAAGGAGUUCUCAGGUUCUGUGAAGAUGAUACUGCUGACUUCCAAAGACUACUACUUCUGCUCUUUGCUCCCAGGAUAUUUACUUAUGGGCAGAAGAGAUGUAUGGAAACUGCAGCUUCUGAUGUAUACUUUUUUCCCCUCCCUGGACCUAGAGUAAGAAAGCAUCAUCAACUAAUAAUGAGUUCUCAUGUGCAGAGGUGAAGUCAUUGAGCUGCCUUUCUGAGCACCUUGUUAGCUUUUUUAUUUAUGAUUCUAUUUAUGCAUAUCUACUGUAUAAUACUGCUUACAUCCUACUGGGAGUAAACAGUAAAUAACAAUAUCCAAACUGUAGGAGGAAAACAGAUCAAUUUUAAUAACAUGGACACAAGUCCCACAAGCUCAUACACAAAGUUGUAUGUUUGGGGAAGGUCUUACUGCUUCCUUGUUUUAUAAAAACACUGGUCAAAGCCACUACUGCAAAUGUUAAGAAUAGCAUGGACUGUAAUGGACUGCUUUCAGGUUUGAUAAAUUUGGCACACUGUUCCACAUGCUGAAAGCAUUUUACAGUAGGUGACUUGCUUUUGAUUUUGGACUUCCAGAUAGUAAGCUAUGAUAUGAUACAUCUCAUGCAGAUUAAUAGCCGAAUUCCUGGGGUUUCUUUCUGUACCGGGUAUGGCUGAGAUGGAGUUAACUUUCUUCACAGCAUCCCACAUGGUGCUGUGUUUCAGAUUUGUGACUAAAACCUUGUUGAUAACACACUAGUGGUUUGGCUGUUGCUGAGCAGUGCUUGUACAGGGUUAAGGCUUUCUCUUUCCCUGCUCUGCCCCCGCCAAGCAAGUAAGCUGUGGGUGGGCAAGAGUUUGGCAGGGACAUGGCUGGGGCAUCCAACCUGAGCUGGCCAAAGGGCUAUUCCAUAUCAGAAAACAUCAUGCUUAGCAAUAAAAAACAGGGUAGAGGAAGAAGGUGUGGGGGGGUUGGCUUCCAAGGUGGCUGUUGUUUGCAGACUGGCUGGGCACCCGUCUGCCUGUGGGAGGUAGCAAGUGAUUGCCUUUGCAUCACUUGGUGGUUUGGUUUUUUCUCCUCUUUCCUUCAUGUAUUAAAUUGCCUUUAUCUUGAUCUGAGAGUUUUCUUGCUUUUGCUGUUCUUCUCUCUCCUGUCCUGGUGGGGAUGGAGGGGAAAGAGUGAGCAGCUGUGUGGGUGCUUAGCUGCUGGCUGGGGUCACCCCCAACACUUUUUGAACCUUCUGCAAGUUUUUUAGUAGUAAUUUAAACACAGCGACUCUUGGAUCUCAGUAUAAUGCUAUCUCAGUAUCUACCUUUUUGAACUAUAACUUUGGAGAAAAUGAAGUGGAUGGCUUCAUCUUGGCAAUCCAUUAUCUCAUGUACUAGACUGAAUUUUAUGGUUCAGAAUGAAAUAAAAAGCAUAAGCUGGGAAACUAGCACUGAAAAAGGCAAAAGAGUUCUUUUUACAGUUAAAACCUUAAUCAGCUAAUCUAAAGAUUGUUCACCUGUUGUAUGUGGAUAGGCUUGGUUUGGCUUCGUUACAAAAAAUAGUAUAUUUGAGCGUGGUCCAACGUCUAUGAAUAUUGCUCCAACUUUAUAGUCACAUUCUAACUAUGUCGUGUACGUGAGGUGAGCCAAGAAUUAAAAUGUAACAAAGUACCUCCUAAUGGAAAUACCUACUCUCUUUGCAGUGUUUACACUGCCAAAUAGCAAGUCUAAUCUUCAGCCUGUAUUACUUUUGGGGAGGGAAAGAUAACUUGGAGCAAGAAUCUGACUGAAUUCUCCACGUGUUAUCAAUGUCCUUCUGUAUGAGUACUUAUUUUAAAUAAACAUAUACUGCACCUUUUUUACAUGCACACA